AUCUAAUACUGAACGUCAUCUUUUGCAUUUGUUUUGCAGACAUAUUUUGUACGAUCGUCAUAUUUUCAAUAGCACCCAUAGUUAUAAUUUUUUAUUUGAAAUCUAUAAAAUACUCAAAAUUGCGAGAUGAGCAAAAUACACGCCAAACUUUCAGUUACUUCAAAAUUAUCCUCUGUACAUGAAAGUAGUAGUAGUAUCGAUGUGGCCUCCAUCUUUCCAAAGCCAUUGCCAGUACUGAAAGUCGGACCUGUGUAUGAUGAGAGUGGUUUUACGCUUAACGAAAGAUUGGCUUUGCGGCAGGCUUGGAAGCUAAUCAAGCCAUUCGAGCGGCGCUAUGGCAAGGAUAUAUACUUUACCUUUAUUAUGAAAUACUACAAAACAUUUGAGAACUUUCGCUAUAAUGGCAAGCUUGACAUGCAUCGCCUGCAUGGACAUUCCUUGGCCUUUAUGCGCUAUAUAAGCGCCGUAAUUGAUCAGAACGAUCCGGUAUUAUUCCAAGCAAUGUUGAGCGACAAUCACAUAGUACACACUCGCUGCCGUGUAUCGCAGGAGCAUAUGAGGAUGUUGAUGAACGCUCUAAUUGACUAUGUGCUGGAUAAGCUUCAGGAUGUUAGCUCGGCAGCAUUGAAGAGCGGCUUUCAGCGACUCCUGGAGAAGUUUCAGGUAUAUUUCGAUCAGCAGAACGUUAGCUUUAUAGCAUACAAGCGAAGUCUGAGCAAAGAUAGCCUCUCUGCUCACAGUGAGCAGCAAUAAAUAAUUAAAUCACUCAUACGACAUGUAGUACCUCAAUUGAUUUAGAUUUAAAUGCAA